CCCCCCCAGGACCGGCGGCUGGAGGCGGAGGGCAGAGCCGGCUCCUGGCGCCCGGGGAACCCCUACUGCUCCCCGGUUUUGGUGCGGAAAAAGGCCAUUCGCAGCAAAGUCCUGCGCUCGGGGGCGUACCGGGACUGCGGGGGAGAGAGCCAGCUCCACCAGCCCCCCCGUGAUGCUGGGGCGGCGGGAUGGGAGAGCAAAGGGGCGAGGAGCUUGGCCUUCCUCCCCGAAAACGAGAGCGUCCUCGCCGAGAGCGUGUGGGCCUUCGCCGGCAUCGCCAGGGAUGGGGGGAUCGCGCUGCUGCGGCGGGACGUCCCCGGUGCCUUCCUGCUGCGCCCCGAGCCCGGGCCAGCCCCGCGCUGGUGCCUGUGGGUGCGGGCGCCCUGCGGCGUCGUCCCCUAUGGGCUCUGCAGGACCCAGCAGGGCCGGUUCUGCGUGGAGGCGCAGCGGUGCGGCGUGCACACGUGGCUAGGCGGGGUGCUUUUCUGCAUGCACACACGGGUGCAAGGGGCGCACUGGGUUUGCGUGGUGCACAAGUACACGAGUGCCUUCGCCGCGGGGGUUUGGGGGUGCACGAGUGUCGUGCCAACCCCCCGCCCCGAGCUUUACGUGGCUGCCGCCUGCCUUAUGUUCGCCCGUGGCAAUAAACGGCUGUCGUGCAACCACGCCGACGUGUGCUGGCCCACUGCGGUUCACACUCGCCCAUCACGGGGCUGGUGUUGCACACCCCCCAUGCUGACACACCCACACUCACACGGCCCCCCGCGCGCACUCGCAGCCUCCUGA